AUGGGGAAUCCGAAGCAGAAGUGGACGGCGGAGGAAGAAGAGGCUCUGCGAGCUGGGAUAGCCAAACACGGCACAGGUAAGUGGAAGAACAUUCAGCAAGACCCGGAGUUCAACCCCCACCUCUCCACUCGCUCCAACAUCGAUCUCAAGGAUAAAUGGCGGAAUAUGAGCGUCGGCUCCGGCGAGAAAUCGCGGACGCCGAAACCCAAAGUCGCUGCCUCCGAUGCUGUCGUGGCUGCAGCUCCGUUGGCCAUUGCUCAAGCUCCCGCUCCCGCCCCAGCUGCUGCUCCAGCUCCAGCUCCUGUUCCUGCUCUUGUUCCUGCUCCUGCUGCUGUUGCCCCUCCUAAGGCAGAAGUAACCAUGGAGGAAGCUGCCAAACCAAUUAUUGUACCUGAUGUGAAAAUUGCCUCCAAGUAUGAUCCAAUGAUAUUUGAAGCAAUUACGGCCUUGACUCGAGUUGAGACGAAUGUUGUUGAUAUCAGUGCAAUUAUCAGCUUCAUCGAGCAAAGGCAAGAGUUACCACAAAAUGGUAGGAAGCAAGUAACUUCUAGGUUGAGGCGCUUGGUUCAAAAGGAAAAACUUGAAAAGAUUCAAAAUUCCUAUAGGUUUAAGGAAAGUAACCCAGCUACAGCUCCUGUUAAAAAAGCACCUUCUCCGAAGAAGGAAGCUCAACCUAAACAGUUGCAGAGCACUGAUUCGGUUAUCUCAGAUGAUACAGUGGAAGAAGCAGCAGUGUCUGCUGCCUACAGAAUCGCCGAAGCAGAGAACAAAUCCUUCGUUGCUGCUGAAGCUGUGAAGGAAGUGGAAAGGAUUUUGAAAAUUGCUGAAGACACAGAAUCAAUACUGCAACUUGCCAACCAGAUAUUUGAGAAAUGUUCCCAGGGGGAGAUUGUAAUCUUAUCAUGUGAUGCGAGUUGA